AUGAGGGUAGCAUGGCUCUUCACCGCCAUCCUCGACUCGCAGCUGUCUUGUGCAACGGAGACCAUAGCGAUGCUUCAAAGGAGGUCAUUGGAGCGUUGCAAACCUCCAACGUUUGACAUCCUGGGCCCAGAGCAGCUGACCCCGGACGCACGAGCUGCGAACUUCACGAAAGGCCUGCGGCUCUUCGGCCUGGAGAUCCUUGGCAUGUCCGGCGUGCCGCCCGAUGCGCUGCUCCACGCGGGCACCGUCGUGGCGGCGUACGUGGACAGCGAUGAGGACAGCUGUCCAGACGACCCCUUGGUGAGCCGCAGCAUGCGGCAGCAGAACGCCACGCUGGUCAUGUUCCGGGACCCCAAGGAGGCAGAUGCUUGGUUCGACGUGGCUGACCCGUGCUUCCUCCGACCGGAAACUUGCGACCCGGGCUUUGCGAAGUUUCUGCAGUUCCGCUGGCUGCAGGACCUCUAUGCCGACGAGACGGGAUACGGGGCCUGCCCUGACAAGUCGAUCUCUUGCCCAGGCAUGACCGAGAGGGACGCGGCGCUGGAGGAAUGCCUUCACGUGAUCUCUGACACAGGCUAUGCGAAGGCCUACCCGUCAGCCUUCGCAACAGAGAAGGGUAGCCAACUGGCUGUGGCCAUUGAGACUCUUUACCACGACUGUGAGUUUUCCUUCAACUGUACGCCUGUGGCCACCCCGUCCUCCGCGGGCCUUGGCUCAGCGCCGCGCCGCUGGGGACGGCGGAAGCUGCGGGGGCGCUUCAGCAUCAAAUUGGGGGCGGAGUCCGCCGGCAAGAAAAACUGCACGCAGUACGCGAUGACAUCUCGUGGCCCACAAUGGAUCCGUGGAUCGUGUCAGGGUUUCUACCACUAUGCAGAUACCACCUGCGAUUACGCUUGCUUAUUGACGGAAGGCUUCUACUGGAGUCUUACGAGCCUACUGGGUGGGCAAGAUGCCUGUGAAUGCCAUGCGAGGAAAGAUCACUAUCGCUGCUGCUCAAUCUCAGACGAAUGGAGACCAUGCACAAGUCAUGAAAUGAGGUCCCUGGACUUGGCGGGAGCCGCCUAUCGGCUCUUGGCCGGCUUGGAUCCUUCACGGCAACGGCUGGGCUAUGUGCUUCCAAGCAAGCUGCCGAAUGGGACCUAUCAGGGUCAUCAGUCUACCACCUUGCAGCGCAGCUGUAGAAGACCUACGUCUGCGCCUCCGAUUAACAUCGGGUGCCCAAAUGGAAGCCUCUUGGAGCCUCCCUGUCCGGACUCUCGUUGGUGUCUUUGA